AUGCCUCGAUCGGUAUACGGUCACAACGGCGGUAGAGCACAAGCAUCUGACUCCCCCGAACCGGAGGAUGCGGAGUUAGUUCUAGAUGUUGAUGAAAGUGACGGAGCACCGAGCGUGGGUCAGCCAGAAGAUGAUACGGCUGGGCCAUCGGGUGGACGUCAGCACACUAGACGCCUCACUAUUGACAUAAACGACAUGCACGACCUCCUGAUGGAUGAGGUUGACAGAGCAGGAUUCGCUGAAGGAUUGAAUUUCCCAACGUUCCGAAUGCUCUUUGAGCGCCAUCCCGAGGCCCUUUUUGCAGGACUCUGUGACCAGUUUACCCGUCUGGAGACAAGAGCUGGUAAGGCCCCAGCACAGAAUGACUACGUACUCUCCGAUGAAGCGCGUGGAGAGCUUGAGCGUCUCCGAAAGCGUACCGACCUUCAACACCGCGCGAUGGGGGAACUUAUCAACGAACGUGACAACCUCCAGGCACGUCUCGAGACGAUGGAACACCAGGGACGUGAAGGAACUGUCUCGACAGUGAUGACCAGUCAGAAGAAAUCAACCAAGCUUCCCGAUGGUCAGGUUUUUGUUGAUGGAAAGGAUCCGAAGUUCGAAUCGUGGCUGAUCGAUGUGGAGAACAAGUUAGAAGCGAACGCUGAUCACUAUCCAACUGCUCUAGCCCGUAUGCAGUACGUCAAGAGUAUGUGUAAAGGUGAAGCUGCUGAUCAUCUUCUUCCGCGUUUCCGUAAGGACUCACCUCAGCGCUACCGCGACGUGGAGGAUAUCUUUGAGCAUCUCAAGACUAUCUAUCAAGACGCAAACCGAGUUACGUCCGCGAAGCGUCAGUUCCGCCGCUUAUUCAUGAACGAGAUGAAGUUCCAGAAUUUCUUGUCGAAGUUCGUGCUCCUCGCCCAAGAAUCGGAGUUUCCAGCUGCCCAGUGGAAGGACGAGUUGUAUGAGCGACUCUCUCCUGAGAUGCAGGUGCAGAUGGUGAAACAGAGCUACGACGACACCAUGAGUUAUUCGACCUUUGUCCGAGAGUGUCACCAAACCGCAAACCGUUUAGAGAUGAUCGCCGAGAACGAGAAGCGUGCCCCAAAUCCUCGCAGUAACAAGGGCGGCCACGGAGGAGAUGCUACCAAGGACAACAAAAAGGACACAGCAGGAGCAGAGAAGCCGAAGGAUGGCCAGGGUAAACCGAAGCUCACCUGGAAGGAGAAGCAGCAGCUACGGGUCGAAGGAAAGUGCUUUAUCUGCAAGAUGCCGGGUCAUAUGUCGGGAGACUGCGAGUUCAAUACCGCCAAGAACCCGGACCUCAAGGCUCUGGAGCCCGCGAAAGAAGCGAUCAAGGAUAAGAGCUCUGAUUCGGAAAACGAUUUGACUGUACCUAUUCAACUAGCAAAGAAUGGAUUAUCGAUUUGCACUAAAGCAUUAGCAGACACUGGAGCCAAUGGCUUUGCCUUCUUAGAUAUUUUUCUCGCGGAAAGAUUAGCUCGACAUUUCAGCCACCACGUGGUUCCGUUGAAGCAACCCUGUCGCGUGAAGGGAUUCGACGGUAGGACGAAGAACGCGAUUACUCACCUUAUAGUGUUGUCUCUGGUGGUCGAUGGGCGAGUGAUGUAUGACCUCCCUUUCCUGAUUGUUCGGUUGGGAAAGCAUGAUGUUAUCUUGGGACGGAUGUGGUUGGCUCGAUAUAAUGUUAUGGUGGAUUGCUCCCGACGUCGCUUAUUGUGGCCUGAAGAGGUCUCGUUAAAGGAAGAAAUCCAAGCGAAGCAAUUUGUACGACUACCAAAGAAGUUGCUGUUGCGGGACCGUGAAAUUGAGAUACGCCACCAGGAAGAUGCGGACCGUCGUGACCGGCAACUCGAAGGGACCUCGAGUUCAUCUCGGACCCUGCCAGUGAAUCAUGGAAGGACGUACCGUCGCAGCCAUGAGUGUGAAUUGGACCGAAUGAGGAAGGAGCUCCAGAAGUCUUACGAGGAGCUUCCUCUGCCGGAAGAAGUCAAACCAGUCCUCAAGCCCAAACGGGUGCGAUUUCGAGAUGCGUACCCAGAGGCUGAUAUAGCUGUCAUUGGCGGAGCGGGUUUCCAGCGCCAUAUGAACAAUAAGAAAACGGAGACCUUUGUCACAAGCUUGAGUGAGAUUGAAAAGGCGAUCGAGGACAAGAGACAGCUCGAAGACGUCGCGACAGAGGAGCAAGAGAUCAAGAAGCAACUCCCAGAAUGGUAUCAUGAGUUCGCAGACGUUUUCUCCAAGAUCAAAUCGGACAAGCUACCUGAGCGAAAAGAAUACGAUCAUCGGAUUGAGCUGGAGCGCGAAGUAGAGCUGGGAUAUUGUCCUCUGUACCGAAUGACGGCAGACGAAUUGGAAGCGGCCAAGGAGUAUAUCCUUGAGAACCUAGACAAGGGCUUCAUUGCGCCCAGCAACGUACCUUUCGCCUCGCCGAUACUCAUGGCGAAGAAGCCCGGUGGCGGACUUCGGUUCUGUGUGGACUAUAGAAAGCUCAAUGCCCUUACCCGAAAGGACAGAUAUCCCCUGCCGCUAAUUGAUGAGGUUUUCGAGAGGAUUAGCAAGGCCAAGAUCUUCACCAAGUUGGACAUUCGACAGGGAUUUCACCGUAUUCGCAUGCACAAAGAUUCUUCAGAUCUGACGACGUUUAGGUGUCGAUAUGGCACAUUCAAGUACGAGGUUAUGCCGUUCGGAUUAACUAACGGCCCGGCAACUUUCCAACGAUUGAUCAACGACAUCUUCUUGGACUGUUUGGACAAGUUCCUGAUCGCAUUUAUUGAUGAUUUGUUGAUCUAUAGCGACAACGCAGCGGAGCAUGAGAUUCACGUACGGACAGUGCUGCAACGAUUGCGCGAUGCUGGUCUCCAAGCGAGCAUCAAGAAGUGCGAAUUUCAUGUGACUACGACAAAAUAUCUCGGCUUUAUAAUCACCCCCGAAGGUAUCAAGGUUGACUCAGAAAAAGUUGAAUCGGUACUUACUUGGAAGGUUCCCACCACCGUAUUAGGAAUCCAGUCGUUCCUGGGCUUCUGUAACUUCUAUCGGAAGUUUAUAGCUGAGUAUAGUCGGAUAGCGCAGCCGCUGCAUAGACUUACUCGAUCGAACGUUCCUUUUGUCUGGACUGACAAGUGCCAAGCGGCUUUUGAUAAGCUCAAGGUUGCUCUGGUAUCCGCCCCAGUGCUGGUACACUACGACCCAACGCGAUUGACGCGUGUGGAGACUGACGCAUCGGAUGGAGUGGUGGCGGCAGUGCUCUCCCAGUUAUGUGAUGAUGGAGAAUGGCACCCGGUGGCAUAUUACUCCUCUUCAAUGUCGUCAGCUGAGCACAAUUACGACAUCCAUGAUAAGGAAAUGUUGGCAAUCAUUAAGGCUUUCCGGGAAUGGAGACCAGAGUUGUUAGGACUACGUCAGCAGGAGCGUUUUGAGGUCUUGUCCGACCAUCGAGCGUUGGAGUAUUUUAUGACGACGAAAGCGCUCAGCGCGCGGCAGGUACGGUGGUACGAAUUCUUGCAGGAGUUCUAUUUCAUUCUAAAAUAUCGACCGGGGAGAGCGAAUGUCCUCGCCGACACGUUGACACGUCGAAAAGAUGAAGGUGCUCGCAAUCUUGAUCACAGGAAUCUGACUCUCCUUCCUUCGGAGGUCUUAGAUGAGCGGAUUACAACUGAAAUUGUGAUAUCAGAGCUACAAGGCGCUUCUGCGGAUAAUAGUGUGAUCAACCGAGUGCUCAAAGCCAAUGAAAGAUUCGCCUUGACACUAGAAGCAAAGGAGUGGGUGAACAAGAAAGAUUCGGACUGGCAUCUUGAAGAUGACCGUCUACUGUUCAGGAAUCGAUUGUAUGUCCCCGACGAUGAGGAUUUACGUGCGCGACUACUCGAUGAGUUACACCGCACCCCUUCGACAGCGCACCCAGGAAGAGAUAAGACAAAGGCGUUAGUCAAGGAACGAUUUUACUGGAAGGCAUGGAGCACGGAUGUAGUGCGAUAUGUGGAUAACUGCAAAACGUGUGGACGUACUACGACAUGGAGAGACCGCACCCCCGGACUUCUGCAACCUCUUCCUAUCCCGGAGAGACCGUGGCAGCACCUGUCAAUGGACUUUAUGGAAUUGCCAAAGGAUCGUUAUGGCUACGACAUGGUAUUUGUGACGGUUGACCGUCUGAGCAAGAGACCGGUGUCCAUGCCUUGCUACAAGAAGACCACAACCGCAAAGGAGAUGGCUCGACUCUGGAUUCGGUAUGUGUUCCCGUGGACCGGCCUGCCGGAUAGCAUUGUCUCAGACCGCGGAGGACAGUUUGUAUCGGAGUUCUGGAAUGAGGUCUGUCGUAUCUUGCGGAUCAAGAUCAAGCUCUCCACGGCUCGGCAUGCGCAGACGGACGGUCAGACGGAGAUCGUGAAUCAAUAUCUGCAGCAGCGGCUACGACCUUACGUCAACUUUGCAAUGGAUGAUUGGUCCGAAUACUUGCCUAUUAUUGACUUUGCGGCAUCGGCGCUGCCCCAAGCGUCAGUAAAGAUGUCGCCAUUUAUGAUUGAGAAAGGCUAUCAGCCCCGAAUGUCGUUUGACUGGAAAGAUCCGGCACCACCACGGAAGCUCACUUUGAAUGAGAAGGAAGCACAAGCUUGGGCCCAGCGGAUCCAAGAUGUCUGGGACUUCGCUCGGGGUAAUAUGAAGUUGGCGCAAGAGCGACAAAUGAUACAAGCAAAUAAGAAGCGGAGGCCUGUUGAUUUCAAGGUGGGAGAUCAGGUCUACGUCACGAACGAAGGAUGGGAUACAGGUCGACCCGGUCGUAAGCUUGGCCACCAACAAGAGGGACCUUUCCCGAUAGUGCGACAGGUUGGACAUGCGUUUGAACUCGACUUACCGAAAGGCAUGAAGGUGCACCCGAUAUUCGCGCCGGAGAAGCUCCGACUUGCUACUACUACCGAGCCCUUGAAGGGUCAACAAGAGGAUGAGAGCCCGGAGUUAGAGAUCAAUGGUCAUUCGGAGUGGGAGAUCGAGAAGGUUCUUGCAGCACGGAUUAUGUGGAGGAAGCUGCGGUAUCGUGUGAGCUGGCUAGGCCGGGACCCAGACCCGAAGUGGUAUCCCGCUGGUUACUUGAAAAAUGCGCCAUUAGCGUUGAAGGCUUUCCAUGACGACAAUCCAGAGGCACCGGGACCACCAGUUCGACUGCAGGAAUGGCUUCAAGCCGCGGAGGAAGACAGGUUCGUGGAGGACUACGCGGAUGACGAUGUUCCUGUUACGGACGCUCGCGGGCAAGCGUCUGGUGAAGGGGGGGGUAGUGUGACAGCCAGCCCUGCGGCUUGA